CAAUUACUCCGCGGUGUCUAUAGAAAGACGUACCGAUCAGGUUUUUGGCGUACGUUCACGGAUGGACCGAUCAAGAGGAUACCGUUGUGCAUGGUAUCAUGCAGCUACGAGAGAAAUGUUAUUUCUGCCAAGUAGUAGUGGCCGAAGAACGGAGGAGCGCGCAGGUAAACGGAAAUGCGUCUGAACCCACACAGUCGUCGAUGGAAAUCGAACGUGUCAACGCAUUCCUGCGCGGCGGAGGAAGAGACGUCGGGGUGCCCGUUGACAGUGACAAAAAGGAAAGAGCGCGGUUUUUUCUAAAUCGAAGAAAGUGGUACGCACACGACGACGACGACGAUGUACGCGUCUAUCCAGUUAGAGCGUAUGCAAAUUAGAUUGGACAGUAUCUAUGCGAAGCCUGUGUACGCGAAAGGCACGUGUGUCGCGUCACAGCGCAGCAUACAUACGUAAAACCUUGUAAAACCUGUCCGCACACAAACGUGUCAUAAGAUAAAUACUCGUGCGCAUAUAAAACUGGAUAGAAGUCUGCGUGCACGGCUACAGCCGAAAGAUACCGGGACCAGGUUGAUACACGGCUCUGCCCGUGUAUAGGUGCACGCAGGUAGAAGGAACGCGUUUCGUCCGACCGGUACCAUACAGGUGUAAGGAGUGAUCGUGUGCGUGUGCACAGGUAGAAGAGAGGUGAGGCAGAGGUGCGGCGUGACCGCGACACUACACGAGACUGCAGUGAGCUGCUCGCUCCCGUCUGCGUCUCUUCAGCAACUCCGCGUUUCUCGAUCCUCCGUAGAUCCCUGGAAAAUCCGCGCGCGCGUCGUCGAUCGCUUAGCCUUGACGGGCGCCAGCCAACCUGGACACGUACGCCUCGGCUUGCAUUCACACGUGGAUCGCGCACCGCGCCGCGACUACGCGGAUUCGAACCGAGGAAAGCGUAUCCUCGAGGAAAGUGCCACGAAUAUGUGAGACACCGAGUGCUGUUUGAGUGCGCCUCGCCGGGAGCACCAUGUCGACCACCGACGUGUUUCGCAUCGCGCAACAGGGAUCCAACGAAGAGGAGCAAGGAAGACUGAAAGCUGAUCUGCAAUACCUGAGAAGGAGGGGACUACUGAAGGCGUCUGGCGAACUAUCGUACCAAGGACGCAAAUGCACCAGAUGCGGUGCACCGUUUGGUAGAUUUUACAACACCGGUGCACCGUGCGCUCGGUGCAGGCACAGAGUUUGCAGGCAGUGCCGUAUCGAGGUCAGGAGCCCUACCGACAACAAAGACGUCGAAUGGAUCUGUAACGUCUGCUACAAGAUCGCAGAAUUGCAUAUCGUCGAUAAGUGGACGUUCGACGAUUCACUGUCGAGAUCUGUAAACGGGAAAGGAGCAUCCCCUGUAGAGUUACUGAAACGCAGCAUACGAAGAGCUUGGACUAUCAACGGUCCACCUACACGCUGGUCCGCGGCGAGGAAAUCGCCAGAGCUGCGAAUCUACCGGAGUCUGCCACUUCGGCAUCAAGACUAUCGAGAGAUUAUUAACAAAAACGAAGUUGCAAAGCUUGAAGCGUCGAGCUGCGAUCGAAAGGAGUCGAUUUCUGACACGUGGAGCGAUUCUGCGAGGGAGGAUGCGUGCGAGAGGAACGAGUCAAGCGAGAAGUUGACGCAGCGAGUGAACGACGGCAACGAACGAACGAAACGAACCGAGAAAUCGAGCAAACAGGAAGAGGAAGUGCCAUCGGAUGCCAUAAGAGCGAAGAGGUGUAAUAAAACGAAGAACGAGGAGCAGGAGGACACUGAGAGCCAGGAGCCGAGCACGCAAAGGAUUUCACUGAUAAAGCCACCGAAGAUAUUGUCCAAGUUCAUAUCGCCGGAUAUUAAAUCCAGCCAACCGAAGCAUGGGGAGAGAAAAUCGAAUAUCCCGAUAUUCAAGCGGAGUUCCAAGGAAUUCGAGGACAUCAGAAGCCCCCAGGAAUCACCCAAACGUUCUCUCAUACCUCAAAGGUACCGAGGAAGUACCGACGACCUGCGUCGCAGUCGCGAAGAUAUAAGCUUGCCCAGUUUGAUCCCGAAGCUGUUAUCGCCGAGGAGCAAGGAGGAUCGAUUGAAACGACAGGACAGCAAAGACGACGUACGUUGUUUGUCGAAACCUCGGAGGGACUCGAAGGAAGAGGUCAGAGGCACUACUGGUCAGUGUUCUACCGGCAUUCGACUGUUCCGGCGGGACAACAGCCGGGAGGACGUGGGCAGGGACACGAUUCCGAACGCGAAUAGCUCGGUCGCUGCAAAAGGAAAGCAAACCGUGAAAGAGGAGAAGCCGGAGUGCGUGGGUGUAACGACCACGUCGAAACCGAAGUCGACGGUGGAGCUGGCGAGGGCCAGUCUGGAUGGCGGAAAUUCCUCGAAGAGGAAUUGCGAGGAGGAGCAGCAGCAUGAGAAGAAGCGAGUGAGGGACGAGAUGCUCGACGUGGUCGUCAACGACGAGAAGCUGUUGGAAGAGCGAGAGGGCGUGAAGAAAGAAGAGAACGAGGAGAGGAACAAAGAGGGAUCGAUGAUCGAAGAGGCGGAAGCGUUGGAGAACGAUAAGAACGCUGACUCUAUGAAGGAAGAGAGUCUGAUAGAGAAUUCUGAUAACGAUGUUACCGCCUUAGAGAGGAAGGAGCCCGGACCUGGGAAGAAAUCAGACGAUUUCCAAGUGGUGCGACGGAAAUUUUCUAAGGAGGAGUUUUCCAACCCUGACGACACAGACGACACGCCUAAUAAACGCUGCUCGAGCCACUUAUCACCGGAAGCCAGUCCACUGAGCACGAGGUCAUCUAGAUAUAGCCCGAGGGAGAGCGAGAGCGAGCCGACCCCUGCGCUUCCUCGAAAAACCGGAGAUUCCUCCUCCGCGUCCCAGAGGAUACGGGACGCGAUCACGAGAACCAGGAGGGAAUCGAACAGCAGCACCAGAUACGAGAGCAGCGGCAGCGAGAGCGUAAGAUUGAGCGAAACUGGCCUGUAUGGAUACGUGGAACUGACGAGGAAGGUCAAGUUCUUUGGUGGAAGCGGCACGAUUCCGUCGACAAUUGGAAGCGACGAGGUGGUGCAACGCGAUAGUGCAACGAGCGCGGGCGAAGACGAACCCCACGAUGACAAUCAUCCCAGGACAGGUCCCGUUUCUUCCCAGGGUAGGACCAUGCUUCGGAGAAGACGCCAAUUCGAUGCACAAGGUUCCCGGCGAAGAGGAAGAUCGCACGCGAGAACCUGUUGCGCGGAGGAACUUCAGAGCUUCCAAGCUCUGAUCGGCCGGGACGGUGGACAACAGAGUCCCACCGGAAAUCAGGACCAGCCGUUGGUCGAUUACAGACGAUUGGUAUUCAUCAGCUCUGAUUCAUCAUCCGGUCGCGAGGAAGACGACGCUGAUAGCAGUUGCUCCAGUUCCUCGUACCUGAACGGAUUACCUCGAGCGGGAAGUCGUACGCAAUCUCUAGAGGACUGCGACUGGGACUACUUCGAGAGCGGAUCGUUGCCCUUGCCGGCUGUCACAAUUGGCACUAACAACGUGGGCACGGAUACGAGCAGUGGACAGGAUUGGAGUUGCUGUCCUGGACGCGGUCCCACUGCCUGUCAGACUUGCGGAGGUUCGAGAGGAGCGAACGUGCUGCCCGUGCCAGUACCGAUCCCAGUACCGGUUCCGUACCCAGUGCCCGUGCCAGCAUCCCUUUGGACGAGCGACUUCGCGGCCGCAGCUAACUCGAUGAUAAGCAGAAGCAACGAUGGCCACGUGGAACCGGGAACGCUGAGGUUGAGGGGCGACCCGGCCGCGCCCUGGUUCGCCUGGCAUCCACGAUUCAAUCAGCCUCUGCACGGCGCGAGGCUGGACCCAAGGUUAACCGGUGUCUUCGAUCCCUGUACCUUCAGACCUGAUCAACUGCUGCCGCCGUUGUACGGCUCGAACGAGGCGCUACAACGAUUGACCAGCUUGCAGAUCAAUCAGGACGAGACCGACGAAGCGAAGCCCGUUGAGACUUUCCACGAGGCCGAUUCUGUCUCUGUCGAUCAAAAAAUUGUCGAGCAACCGUCGAGAAUCAAACAGGAAGAAUCUAAGACGCAACAGAGCGAGGUGAACGAUGAGGAGGGGAAGAAGGAGGAGGCUUCUUGCCAGGAAGUGAGCGUGUCUUUCGAGAGGAGAGGGCAGAGGAUGUUCCAGCACGAGGAUUCUGGUAGUUCUUCUGGCAGAUCCUCGGCUGACAGCAGCGAUCUCGAGGACGACUCGUCUUCUCACAGAUUCUCGAGAGUCUUCGUCGUCAACGACGACUCUCUGACCAGCGAUAACGACAUCGAGGACAACGGGGACGAAGACGAGGAUUCCGACUCUGCUGCCGAAAAUGGUAUCACGUUGAAGAGAGUAACGGCUCUUCCCGACGAGGAGCCUGUAGUUCUGCAGUACGUGAGAUUUCUCAGCGAAGACUCGAGCUUCGAGGAGGAUAACAGGAGAAUGGGUGGUAACAGGGAGAAUUUGGGUGAGAGAGCGCAGGAAGCGAACGAUAAGAAGGGCGAAAGGAGAAAAGGCCGUGGAAGAAAAUACAACAUGGAGAACGAGAAAAGAAUCUCUUUAUCCUCUCAGCAACGCGAGAUGCCGGAAGAAAUGUACAUAGCCAGCGACAACGACUGCUCGGACAAUCAGAUAGAACUGAAAUCGAUUAAAAUUUUGGAUCCAGACAGCAUCGAGCCGGUCACUUUUAAUAACGCGAGCAAUGAAACGAUGGAAGAGAAACAAUUCGAUAGGACGGACGAAUCAGUGGAUCUGGACGAUCGGACUCGGUCGACAGAUGGAUGGGAUUCGAACAUAAUCCCAGACUCUUUAGAGAUAUCCGCGGACGUAUCGAAUAGUACGGACUUCUCCAACCUGGAAAGUAUUCACGCGUCGACGCCAAUGAAGAUUCACGGAAACGAUUGCGAGCCGGGUAAUGAUAAUCGCGGAAUCGAUAACUGUUUAUCGCUGAUAACGAGCGAGGAGGGCGUAGAUCGCAACGACGCACCGUCUGAUUUGAAUUCGAGCUCGAACGUGACCGGGUUCUCGGGAUCCGACAGCUUCACCAGCAACGAGACGAACACGACCGGAAGUGAGGUGAGCAGCGACGAGCUCCACGAGUAUGAGGUGACGCCAGGCAGUAUGUCGGCCUAUUUUGAAAAUUCCGCGACGAACCACGAGCUACCGUCGAGGCUGAGAGAGGAAGAAACAUCGAGGUAUGACGUAGCGAGAAUCGCGAAGAACGAUGAUGAGUCCGGCAUUGAGCAAUUGCGGGACACGAACGGUGUCGCGAGCGCGUGUACCGAGACCGAUUCAAUGCCGAUCGAUUCGACGAUUGGUACGGAGGAUGAUCGAUCCGUCACGGCUAAAGAUGGCCAGGGAGACGACGACCCGGAUCGUCGGGAAUCGAAAUCGGCGGGCGCUGACGUGGUGGGCGACGCGUUCGCCGACGGGUCUCGGGAGAACACAGGUAGAGGAGACUGUGCGCAUGACGGUUUCACGGUGAGAGGUGAUAGUCCCGAGCAGGUGGAAGGAGGUCGAAGUGGAGGUGGCGAAGGUGGUAGUGGUACCGAGGAUAGUGGUGACUGCGCCUGCGAGGAGGGGACGGAGGAAGAGGGAUCGACACGGUUUCGCUCAGUCGAGCGACGCCCGUCCACUGGAAAGGAGAAUGGAUUCCCUCCUGCCGCGUGGAAGGACCAGACCGUCAAAGAGCUAUCGCAACGAUCGACGGUGCAAAACAACAACAACAAUAAUCUCAACAAGUACAGGAGCCUCGUGAUGAUCACCCAGGAGGCGUCGUACCAGCCGGUGAGCGUGAUCACGUCGGACACGACGACCUUGUUGCAGCCGGACGAGGUGCACACGGCGAACCAGGGACUGGCCGGAUACUUCCAGCUGGCGCUGGAGGCCGUCAGCGAACAGCCGCACCGUAAGAAUGGUCAGGGUCCGAGGAAACCGUUGAUGGUCAAGCGUUUGGCGAGCGUGACCGCGAAUCACUCCGAAGCGGAGGCCGAUAGCGGGCUGAGCGUCGGUAGUGCGAGUGAAAGCGACGACGUGUCGGUGAAAAACGCGGCGAGGAUCGCUGGAAAUCGCGUGGAAAAUAACGAGGACGCGAGGCAGGCUAACGAGACCGCCGCCACUACCGCGCGUGCACGUGCCUCGUCGCAGUCGAGCGACGACAAUUCGGCGGCCGCUGGUCUCGUGAUCCUGGAGGAGGGUCUGGCAGACGAUGACUCGUGGGUGGAGGAGGUCUCGCACGAUGAGGACGAGACGGGAGGGACGACUGCCACGGAGGAGAGCUCCGAAGAUGAAGCGAAUAAUCUUGGAGAUCGCGAAGAGGAGCUUCGAGGAUAUCACAGGCAGGCCAUCGACUUCACUUUGCACACCAUCGUCGAAGAAUCGUGCGAGGAGAGCGAAGCAGAACCCAGCUUGGCCACCGGAAGUCCGUCCAAGAAACAGAGACCACCGUCGGCCUCCGAAUUGGAGAAAUACUUUUUCUUCGGUCUGGGAGGGGAAGGGAACAACUCUAGCUUGGGCUCACGCGAAGUAGACAGUCUGUCCGAGACUUCUUCAAUUUAUUCAGAGGGCUUGGAAUCCCUGGGACAGGACGAGUCCCCGGGGAACGGGCAGAGUCAGGAGAGAUCAAACUCCGGCGAAGGAUUCUUGAACUCCUCGAGAUUGGAAAAGUAUUUCUUAUCGGAGUUCCUGGGUUUUGAUCAGGACAGGCGAGACUCGGACGGUUCGGUCGGUAGCGACUCCGAAGGGAGGCCCAGUCCCGAGGCGCAGAGGAGGAAGAAGUUAGUUCGCGCGAGAGGAACCGGUAGAUCUCACAGUUCAUCUCUGGACAAUCUUUUGGCCCUGUCGCAGAACUCGCAGAACUUGAGCUCGCAGAAUUCCCUCCAGGAUCUAAGUUUGAAUCAAGACACGCAAGAGACGCAAUCCGAAGGCUCGUCCACCGAGACCGACGGCGCGGACGAUGGACAAACGGCAGCUUUUGGAACCGAUGGACAAUUCGACACCGUGAAACGAAAGAAAAAGAAACCGAGAAAUCUGGGCACGCAAAGUCCGCGCGUUCCGGACGACAGGAACAAGACUCCAGAACCGAGCAGGGAAAUGGUAUUCGUAGGAGAAGUGGUGAUGGAAAAUGAAGCAGAGGCUAUGAAUUCGGAGGACUCUGAAAGAGCGAAGACUCCUCAACCGGAAUCGGUCCUCGGCUCUUCCUCCUCUCCGUCGACGACUGCCAAUAAUUCGGGAACGUCCACGUCGUUGGUCGAUUCGGCGAGGAGUAUGCAAAUGAAUUCUGGCGAGUCUCUGAAUUACAAUCAAAGAUCAAAACAACACUCGCGUGAUUCCGGAUUCGUGGGCAGUUGCGACGAUCUUCUCCAGCACCAGAAACUGCCAGACGAUGCUCAAGGUACCGAGAUCAACCAAGAGAACAGAAAAGAUCGUUCGAACAACGAGAACGGAGAGAAUGGUCAAGCCUCGAAUCGCACAGAAAGUCUGCUCGGUGAAAAAGGGAACGCGACCAAUAAAAUGGAUCACCCGUUGGGUCACAGCACGCUGCCUCACUUACCGAACGCUUCGCUGUCGAGAAAAGACAGCUUCAACAAUUGGUCCAGCGACGAAGAAACCAAUCUGAUGAUGUCAAAAAUGAGACAAUUCUUCAAGACCAUGGUGGCGAAUUCCAACGGGCAGAAUCAGAACACGAGCGCCAAUUCGAGCGGUCCAUCGCCCGCGCCCAGUCCGAGAUUGCCCGGUUACUCGUCGAAAGCCCGGAUGUGCUCGCAGAAUCGCACGAAGCCGCCGCAAUUAGUCUACUUCGAGAACGAACUGACGCGGCUGAUGAAGACCGUGCCAGGAAUCCGGGACGAGCAAGUGCGGGAGAUCGUCGAGUAUCUCAGUUCUGAGGACACGUGGUCCGAUUCGUACGACAGCUCCGAUUACACCAGCUCCGAUCUGGAAGGGGCGGCGGGUGGACGUCGAUCAGCGUUGCAAGAACAGAUCUCGCAGAGCUGCCAGCAGAUAAUCAGCAAAUUCGACACCACGUCUGGCGACGAUCUGCUCGACAAGGAGAGGGAGGACAAAACUGGGUCGUCGGGAAUGCAGCCUUGCCUGGGCAGGGACACAGCGUUCGUAUAUCAGAAACUGGUACAGAGUUUCACAAAAAUGGCUGGCGACGGUGUCAGUUCCGACGCGAAUUCGACGCCGCACAGCAGUCCGCCUUUGAUCGCCAAAGUGAUGCACCACAUCGGCAGUAGACUAGUAGCACUGAUGCACGAGGUCUCCGAAGGCGGACCGGCCGUACAGCAUCACACGUGGAGACGUUACUCUCAGCAUCAUCGCACGCCGUCCUCGGCUUCUACCACGGAAGACGACGAUUCUACUUCUGAUUCUACCAACGCGCCUUCCUCCACGCAUUUGCAAUUACCCAGAUCGAAAUCGCACGAUCCUUUGUUACUGAUCAACAGUCACCCUGCUGCGUCCACAGGACAGGAGGGCGAAGAACGCGAGGCCAGUGACUAUGAAAGGUUCUCAUGGAGAGGCAGUUUCGAGUCCGCGUUGAUGGCUGCAGACUCGAGGACGAAGUUAAGCCUGUUGGCUUGUUCCGGGGACAGUGUCGGUGGUGCCAGUGCUAGUGCUAACGCGUUGGCCAUGGCCGCGAAACGUCGCAGUGCCGGAGAUCUGUUGUUCAAUCCCAAGAGCUUCUCCAGAGAACAGUUGGACAGGGUCAGGAGUUGUGGUUCUAUCGGAGGUGGAAGUGGUGGUGCCACGAGUGCUUGCGGAGGCUCCGCAGAAGAGAGGAUUUGGAGUAACCGGAGAAGAUCUUCCGUGCCCGACGCUAAUACCCGAGGCGAAUCAGGUGACGAAGACACCGAGGACGAGCUCGAAUACGCGGGUGAAUCCCGAGCGACGACGCUUCCUCGGGGAAUGCAGUCAGCGAUCACAGCAGCGACGAAUUCGCUGCCUCGAUUGCCGGCGUCCACCGCGCCGGCCAGCCUGACGACGACCUCGACCACGUCGUCGAUGCACAAGGCUCACAGCGUGUACCAUUUCCUGCCGCAGCACUCCGGCGUGAAAUCGGCCAGGUACAGACCACCGGGUUUCGCCAGGAACAGCAACGUUCCCGGAUCGAUCGGACCGAAGCGUGCACUGAGCGCUCCAGGACUUCAGGUUUCUGGUUCCCAGUCUUCUGGGAAACGAGAAAAUUCGAGGUCGAGGAGACAGCAGGCUAUGUCUCUCACGCCCGAUGACGGAAGCAGUCUGUCAGAAGCGUGUAGCACUCCGAUCAUAGGCGCUGGAUCGCGAUCAGGAUCCAGUACAGUGAUCGACGUGGAUGACAUGGAUUCCGGACUGCAUUCUGGUCAUCUCGCCACGCGUGCAUCUCUAUCAAGCCUUGGAGCUCGAUCGGAUUCGAUGGCGUCGGUUUAUAGCGGUGCAGGCGAGGGACGGUGCUGUCGCUCGGUCGUCGUCACCGGCGAAGUCGAGUUCUCGUUGCAGUACGACUACAAACACCUGAUGUUCGAAGUUCACGUAACGAAAUGCAAGAAUCUAGCGCCGGUUGACGUAAAGCGCAAACGGUCCGACCCUUAUUGCCAAUUUGUAGGAGCUAUCUACACAUACGUGAAGGUGUAUUUGUUGCCUGACAAGUCGAAGAGCGGGAAACGAAAAACGAAGGUGAAGAAGCACACGCUGAAUCCUGAGUUCAACGAGACGCUGAAGUUCCACAUGAGCCUCAGCGGACUGGAGACCCGAACCCUUUGGCUGACCGUCUGGCAUUCGGACAUGUUCGGCAGGAACGAUUUCCUCGGCGAGGUUCGAAUGCCGUUGGAGAACAAAAUCUUCGACGAUCCCACGCCCAAGUGGUAUCCCCUCCAAGAACGAACGGAACCGUUCGACGAUCCGAUUGCUUAUAAGGGCGAGGUGAUCGUGGGUUUGAAAUUCGUCCCACCGGAUCCGACGCAACAGGAACGGGACCGAGAGAUCGGAUCUGACAGAGGUGUGUCGAAAUCGAAGAAAAACUGGAGUCGCGGAUCGUUACACGUACUCGUGAAGGAAGCUAGAAAUUUGCAAACGAGGGCAAAGAACUCGGGAACCUGCGAUCCGUUCUGUAAAAGUUAUCUACUGCCUGACAAGGGUCGCUCGGGGAAACAAAAGACUGGAGUGGUUCGCAGAUCUGGUGGUUCGCCAGUGUGGAACCACACUUUCGUUUACAAGGACGUGAGUCUGCAGGAAUUGGCCGAACGUGGCCUGGAAUUAACUGUCUGGGACCACGAUCGUAUCGCCAGCAACGAAUUCUUGGGUGGCGUUCGCUUCAAUCUUGGCACAGGGAAACAUUAUGGCAAGCCGGUGGACUGGAUGGACGCGACUGGCCGUGAACUAUCGCUCUGGCAGAGCAUGCUCGAAAGACCGAAUUUCUGGGUGGAGGGUGCUGUCACCCUUAGGCCAAACCUGCAUAAUCACGGGAAGAACAAUUCGUCCUAAAGACGAUUUUCGUGAACGAAGCUCGAAACGCUUCCUAGCAUAACUUGAGAGGUCGAAGAGAAUUUCGAACAUCGACUUUCGAAAGGGAGAACAGUGCCUUUGGGGCUGGCUUAGCCCGUUUCUAGGGCACAUUCCGGAUCCAGGACUGUAAAAUUCUACCGGAAGUGACAUGGAGCCUUCGAAACAGUUCCAAGCUGUCGGAUCUUGGUCGUAAUUCUAAGAUUACUGCAUGCUCGGUUUAAUCCUUAGCUAGUAUUAAUCCAUAGUUUUGCUUUCGACUCCGUAGAAAUUACCUUACAUUUUUUUAUAAUUACUGUAUGAGAGAUAUAUGAUUUUUUUGUAUGAUUUCCUCGUCUAUUAAGUUCUCAUUUUCGUUUU